UGUAGUAGUAUUUGUGCAAAAUUACUUUUGUUAAAAGAAAAAACUGUUCCCUGAGCGCCCCAGAGCAGUUUUUCCUCAUAACAGUUCCGAAGCGGUAUCUGAUUUCAAAAGAACCCAACAGAGGAAAACUGCAUCCUGGUUGCUUGGAGGAAAGGAAGUGCAACAGGGUACAAGAGGAAAUGAGGUCUUUAUAACUAUGGAAACUCCAAGAACUACAAAAUGAGACAGAAGCUGGAAGGAGCUAAUUUGUGAAUUUAGUGCUUCUCAUGAGUGGAUUUUUUUUUUCAGUGUCCACAUGGUACAUUCUUAAUCAAAAUGCCACCUCGUAUUCCCCGCUCCUUCCAAUUUGAACCAAAUUUACCAUUCCUGCUAAGUGUGGGGUCCCCCCCCCAAUUAAUUUAUCAGGUUUUCUGGGAAGCCUGGAUCAAACUGGAUUAAAUGGGGAAAUAUGGGGUGUCAUUUUGAUGAGGAUGAUGUUGUGUGCAUGCAACACAAAACAUGCAUGCCUGAACAGCACCACAUCCACAAUAAAGAGCUGUGUGGAAGUACCCUAGAAGAAAGAUAGAGAAGUAGGAAGGAGAAACAAAAGAAAUAUCACUGAGUGUAAUUAAAAAAAAAUUCUCAUAAUUAAUAUUUAUACCUAGGAAAUAGUUCAACCUUCCUUAAAAGCACUACACAUGUGAAAAUCAAAAUGGGGAAGGUGUUGUCUGGUGCAUCAGUCCUAACUUCAAUUAUCUAGAUUUCAGGGGGCGGGGGAACUAUCACAUUUGCACAGAUUCAUUCCCACAGUGGAAGACAAGCAGUAAAAACUCCAGUUGUGUCGCUUUGUGAAAACGUACCCCAAACAAUUCAUUGGAAAAUAUUUUUCUUAGUAUAAAAAAUGGACGAACUAACAAGAGACAGGUGUGUUAUAACUGGGAAAGGGGAUGUUGGACAAUAUGAGUUGUAUGCAAAUAACAUCUGAAAGACAUUCCUAUAUUUGGUAAAUAUGUAAAAGAAGCAAUGAGAAGGAUACUUCCUCUUGAGUCCAUCAUGAGAAGAGGAAUAUUGUCUCUGUAGGAAGUGCCUUGUUGAGUGACCGUAAAAUGGAAACCAUGGAGAACAGAAUCAUUCUAGAAGAGUUGCUGAUGAAGAAGUCUCAGCAAAAGAAAAAAAUAUCUCCAAAUAAUUACAAAGAACGACUCUUUGUUCUUACGAAAACAAGCCUUUCCUACUAUGAAUAUGACAAGGAGAAAAAAGGAACCAGAAAAGGGUCAAUAGAAAUUAAGAAAAUUCGAUGUGCGGAGGAAGUGAAUCUAGAUGAACCAGCCCCGCCAGAGAGGCAGUAUCCCUUCCAGAUUGUGUACAAAGGUGGCCUCCUGUAUGUUUUCUCUGCAAAUGAAGAGAGCCGGAGCCGAUGGCUGGAAGCUUUGCAUAAAGAGAUUCUGGGCAAUACAGAUUUACUAAACAAGUACCACAGCAGAUUCUAUUCCAACGGGAAGUUCCUGUGCUGCAAUCAAACCUGCAAAGCGGCUCCUGGAUGCAUAAUCUGGGGAAAGUAUUACAUUCUUCACAGUGCAAGCAGUGCAGUGAAACCGCUUCCACCGGUACCAGGAGCACAGAACAACGAGUACGACCAUCAGCCUCCAGGUCAAACACUUGACAAGUCAUUUCUGAAAGAAGCAGUAGCUAUUUAUAAUUAUGAGCCAAAAGGAAACUCUGAUGUUCCUCUUGUGAGAAACAGUAAAUAUUAUGUUAUGAACGAUGAGGCUCCUGAUUGGUGGCUCGUGAAGGAUUUGGACGGAAAUGAGGGCUUUGCACCCCGCGUCUAUUUGAAGGAGGUAUCCCAGGCCACUGAAAAACCAGGAAGAAGCGUCGAUACAGCUAAAGCGUCAUCAACUGAAGAGGAGGAAAGCAUUGCUAAUAAUGAUUGGUAUGCUGGUAAACUCUCAAGGGCCCAGGCAGAACAACUGCUGCAGCAGAAGGGGAAGGAUGGGGCUUACAUGGUUCGUAAUUCCAGCCAUGCAGGGAAAUACACUGUAUCUGUACUCAGCAUGACUUGCAGAGAUAAAAAAGGAAUCGUUAAACACUACCAUGUCAAUGUAAACAACAAAAAACAGUUUUACCUGGCUGAGAAUUACUGUUUUGAUUCAGUUCCUGAGCUUAUUCAUUAUCAUCAGCACAAUUCAGCAGGUAUAGUUACAAGACUUCGACAUGCAGUGUCCACGAAGGCAAACAAAGUUCCAUCCACAGCACUUUUGGGAAAAGGCCCCUGGGAGCUAAAGCGUGAAGAUAUUGUCUUGCUGAAGGAAAUAGGGAGUGGUCAGUUUGGAGUGGUGCAGGUGGGAAAGUGGAAAAAGAAAUACGUUGCUGUUAAAAUGAUCAAGGAAGGGUCAAUGUCUGAAGAUGAAUUCUUGGAAGAAGCUGAAACCAUGAUGAAACUGAAUCACCCCAAACUUGUUAAAUUGUAUGGUGUUUGCACAAAGACCUAUCCCAUCUACAUAGUGGCUGAAUACAUGGCUAAUGGCUGCUUGCUUAGUUACUUAAAAGCCCAUGGCAAAGAGCUGCAUCCCUUUCAACUGAUGGAGAUGUGCUACCAUGUUUGUGAAGCAAUGGCUUUCCUUGAGGAACAUCAGUUCAUACACCGAGAUUUGGCUGCUAGAAAUUGCCUGGUUGAUACUGAUCUUACAGUGAAGGUGUCCGACUUUGGAAUGACAAGAUAUGUGCUUGAUGACCAGUAUGUGAGUUCUUUAGGAACUAAAUUUCCUGUGAAGUGGUCAGCACCAGAGGUUUUUCAUUAUACCAAGUUCAGCAGCAAAUCGGACGUGUGGGCCUUUGGAAUUUUAAUGUGGGAGGUGUUCACUCUGGGGAAGCAACCCUAUGAGCAGUAUGACAAUAUGCAAGUGAUUGAAAAGGUUUGCCUUGGCUAUCGGCUUUAUCGCCCGCAGUUGGCUUCCCAGGCAAUCUAUCAAAUAAUGUACAGCUGCUGGAAUGAGCUGCCUGAAAAACGUCCCACAUUUUGCCAUCUGCUUUCUCUCAUUGAACCACACAGAGAAGAUGACAAGCACUGAAAGAUUGUCCAGCCUUUUCUUUUGUGAGCCCUUGCACUAAUGCCAUCUCUAAAAUCUGGUUUGGAAACUCUUACCCCAAUGAUUUAUUAAACCAGUGAAACGGCUAAAAG